GCUUUUUAAUCUGGAGCUCAGGCGUAACGCAAUUCAGGUUCAUCUCGACGCGCAAAACAACACACAAGAGAGUUGAGCGGGACUGCAAGCAGAACCAUGAGAACUUACUCAACCUUCUCACUUUUUUUACCACUUUUUGCCGCUUGCUUUGUUUUUGUUUCUUUCUCUGCGGUGAGAGGUGAUUCCUGUAAGGUGAAUGUGUGUCAGAAUGGCGGGACGUGUGUGACUGCAGCAGGGAAAGAUUCCUUUAUCUGCAUCUGCUCAGAUGGCUUUACGGGAGAAACCUGCAAUGAGACAGAGCCUGGGCCUUGUCAUCCUAACCCAUGCAAAAAUGAUGGUAUCUGUGAGCCUCAGAGAGGAGAUGUCUUCGGGGGGUUUUUGUGCAAGUGUCUGAAAGGCUUUGAUGGCAUCCAGUGUGAAAACAAUGUGAAUGACUGUGCUGCUCAGCCAUGCCAAAAUGGGGGUUCAUGUCAAGAUCUUGAUGGAGAUUUCUACUGUAAAUGCCCAUCCCCUUAUGUUGGGAAACACUGCCACCUGCGCUGUAUCUCUCUGUUGGGGUUGGAGGGUGGUGGCAUUGCGGAGUCUCAGAUCACCGCCUCCUCUGUGUAUUAUGGCAUUUUGGGAUUACAGCGCUGGGGGCCUGAGCUGGCCCGUCUCAACAACAAAGGCCUGGUGAAUGCAUGGACCUCGGCGACACAUGACAGGAAUCCUUGGAUUGAGCUCAACAUGCAGAGGUUGAUGCGUUUCACUGGUAUCAUCACUCAGGGUGCCAGUCGUGUUGGCACUGCGGAGUUCAUCAAACAGUUUAAGGUGGCUUACAGUUCAGAUGGACACAUGUACAGUACGUACAGAGGCAAUGGUCAGAAGAAGGACGUGAUUUUUGUGGGGAAUGUGGACAAUGACAGCACAAAAACCAAUCUAUUUGAACCACCCAUAAUCGCUCAGUACAUCCGCAUUUUGCCCAUCGUGUGCCGCAAAGCCUGCACGCUGAGAAUGGAGCUAGUGGGCUGCGAACUCAGCGGUUGCUCAGAGCCACUGGGUUUCAAGUCACGGCUGAUUGGAGAUGCUCAACUCUCGAGCUCCAGCUCAUUCCGCACGUGGGGCAUUGAGGCCUUCACCUGGCAUCCACACUAUGCCCGCCUGGACAAGCAGGGCAAGACCAACGCCUGGACUGCAGCCACCAACAGCAGAUCGGAGUGGCUACAGGUGGACUUGCUCUCCCCUAAGCGGAUCACAGGAAUCAUCACUCAGGGCGCUAAAGACUUUGGAAACGUGCAGUUUGUUUCGGCCUACAAAGUGGCUUACAGUGACAACGGGCGGAACUGGACUGUGGUAAAGGAUGACAAAAAAAACACUGACAAGAUCUUCCCUGGCAACAGCGAUAACAAUGUGCACAAAAAGAACGUGUUUGACCCGCCUUUCUACGCCCGAUUUGUCCGUGUGCUCCCGUGGGAGUGGCAUGAGAGCAUCACGCUGCGAAUGGAGUUGCUGGGCUGUGAGGAUUAAAUCACCCCCUCCCUGCUAUCUCCUUUCAAUCCCUCCAUCCCUCCUGAGCCACUUAAUGCACUGACUCACUACCAGCACCAGAGGGCGCUAAGACCACAAGAAGAAAUAUAAUCCUAAUGAGAACAACAGGGACUUGAGCUUACCAGCACUUCAGGGAUGUCCUGCUUAUAAAGACAAACCAUGCCAUGUAAGUUCUGUUCAACUCACUAAGCAGUAAAUUGUUUUUUUGGCAUGACCAAUACAACUGAUAGUGUAAACUGAAAUCCCAAAAAGAUCCAUUAAUACAUUUUGUGGUAAAAAAUCUUGCAGAAACUAAAUGUUCAUGUUCCUUUAUCUAGGCUGAUGUAUAGACAGUGGCCCAUGUUGAAGAAGAUUGAAGAUAUAUUUGAUUAAAUGCGUUAUUGUACAGAAUAAAUGGGUCACAUAUUAAAUA